AGAGCCAGCAUCACAGCCACCAUGGCCAUCAUGGGCAGCCGCGGGCAAGCCAUUAUCACACGGGGAAUCACUCUCAGUCCGGUCCUGGUCCUAGUUCUGGUGCUGGCGACGACCACAUCGGCAUCCGCUACUGCUGCUGCUGCUGCUGCAUCAAGCGAGCCGCCUCUGGCGCCCGGAUGGGAGGAGCACAAGGCGCCGUCGGGCCAGUCGUACUACUACAACCCGAGCACAAAGGAGUCGGUCUGGGUCCGCCCUGUGGCCAAAACAGCAGCUGCUGGCUCCGCGCUUGCUGCGCCUCAGUCUCAGCCGGCGGCCGCCGCAUCGGCGGCCAUGCCCUGGCGUGAGUGCACGGCAGACACAGGCAUGCCGUACUACUACAACGAGGUGACUGGAAAGUCGGUCUGGGUCAUGCCGCCCGAGUACAAGGCCUACAUCGAGGCCAAGAACCCAUCGGCGAAACCCGCAGCCGCCGCAGCGGUGCCCAGCCCGCAAAAGGCGCCGGCCGCAGCAAAGUCCAGGUCGGCAACAAGGGCCAAGCCGGCGGAAAAGGCCAAGCCGGUGCCGGUCGUCGAGCCAGUCAAGAAGGAGCCAGUCGUGGCAGUUUCCAAGGAUGAGGCCCGCAAUCUGUUCAAGGUCAUGCUCAGUGAGGCUCGCGUUAACCCGCGACUGCGUUACGACGAGGUCGAGGCCGAGCUUGGCUCGGACCCUCGGUUCAGUAUGCUGCGGUCUGUGGCUGAACGCCGCGCGCUCUAUGGUGCGUGGUCGACAAGCGAGAUGCAGCGCCGCUCCGCCGCCGCCGCCGACGCCAAGAAGGCCGUCUUUGACAACUUUUUGGCCAUGGUCAAGGAUCUUGACGGUGCAUCCAAGACCUACGCCGCAUUCCUCGACGCCGCCGCAGACGACCCGCGCCUCAUCGCCGUCGACUCGGUCUCGCUGCGCGAGAGUCUGUUUGACGACUGCGUCCGCGCCAUCCUCGACGCCGAGCGCGACGCCGAGCGCGACGCCAAGGCCAAGGCCGAGGCCGAAUUUGUCGCCUUUAUGGCCUCAGACAGUGCGGGCGUGACCAAGGACUCGACCUGGUUUGCCUGGCUCGAAGCACAUCGCGAGACCCUCGCCCGUUUCCACAUGCUCCCGCCGCUCCGUAUCCUCGACGGCUUUGCCGACACUGUCCGCAAACUUGAGGACGCCGACGCCGCAGCUUCCGAUGCCGCCGCCGCCGCAGCCUAUCGCGAGCAUCGCAAGAAGCGCGAUGCCUUCCGCUUGCUCCUUGCCAAGCACACGUCCGCCAUCCGCGUGACCACCAAGUGGGACGAGUUUGUGCCCGCCAUCGCCGCCGAGCCUGCGCUCCGCGAGCUACUCGGCACCCCAGGCUCGACACCGCGCGAGCUGUUUGACGACUUUAUCGCGGACAAGAUGGUCCCGUUCCUUGCCGACCUCGCGCUUGUCAAGUCUGCACUGCAUGCCAACGGCGUUGUUGUCACGCCCGACACGACCGAGGCCGAGUUCAACGCUUCCCUCACAGACCUACUUGCCGCCAACAAGCUCUCGGACGACUCGCACCUCGCUGACGCAUACCAAUACAUGGUUGAGCACGCGAGCAUGCCGGGCGUCGCGCCAGGCGUCGCGGCGUCGGCCCCUGCUGCCGCAGGCACCGCCUCUGUUCCCGACGCUGACCUUUCGGCUGAGUCUGGUGAGCUCUCCGGCUACUCGUCGUCCGACAACGACGACGACGCUCCAGCGCCUGCUGUCUCUGAUGCCGGCGUCGACGCCGAGGCGUCGUCUGAGCCGCAAUCCCGGAAGCGGAAGCGUGCCGAGCCUACUGCCGAGCCGACCGCCGAGCCCGCUGCCGAGCCGGUCGCCGAGCCCGCUGCCGAGCCACCGACCGCACGCCGCUCCAAGCGCGCUAAGCGUUAAAGACCCG